CCGGAGGACGUCUUGAAGACGUCUUUGCCUGUUAUAUGGGGGUUCGUUUGAGUUCGUACGGAUGCCUUGUGGCCUAAUUCGCCUGCCAGUUUCCAGCGGCCAGUGGAUACCGAAAUGGGAAGUAUAACUUCGCAAUGGCUUACGUAGAAGAUGUCUGAGCGAUCCAACUCUUCUUGGUGGACAUGGAGGGAGACGACCUACUAGAUUAUAACAACCAUGUCAUAAUCCACAACCCCUAUGAGGAGCCCGUCCGCACGAUCCGCUAGGGGCGCUACUUAUCGGCACGCGAGAUCUUCAUCACGAUUGGACGAUGGAAAUUUGAAUUCUGAACGCGCAGAAGCGUACGUACGACUACCGUAGCAGACGACAGCAAUAGCUCCUAUAAGAACGCGUAGAAUGAUGAUGAUAUUCAACCUCAGAAUGAAACAUCUGUGGAAUAUCCAUCGCUUGUACAGAGAUACUAAGGUAAGCUGAAGUACAAAGUAUUGUAAAAGUUGAGGAUGAUGAGUAGCGCCACCACUACCUUCCAAAAAUGCGGCGCUGGGAAGGGGUGCCUAUGACAUGGUCGUGAGUGCACCGCCAGGGGGACGACGCAACACUGAUAAGAACUGUUUUUCCAAACUAAAAGCCGGUGGGGUUCUUUGGCUGGUUACGGGCAAUGAUUGUCACUGCUACGAAGAACGGAGAGAGCCCCAACUUGGGAAGGUGCGGAGGCUGUACAGCAGGCGUGCGAGGAGGAUGUCCAAGGACAAAUGGGAAUUGCAUAUAAGAACGUCGUCCCAGCGAUGAUGCGUCGAGACACAGCCAAGGUGAGAAUGGUACUCUUCCUCCUCCUCCUCCUCCCGUUUCUUCCCUGGUCUGGAGCCGUCGACUACAUCCACGACCCCGUCCAGUAUCAAGCCAUCGCUACCGAUACGGGCGCCUACCACUUCGGUUACAACACGGGCGUCCUCGGAGCUCACUCUUUCCAUGAAGAAUGGCGAGACGAGAACGGCGAGGUUCACGGACGGUACGGCCUCACCGACCCCAACGGUAAUCUGCGCAUCGUCACCUACACCGCCGGCCGCGAUGGUUAUCGCGCCGUCCAGACGAUCCAACCAGGGAACGGCGUGCAGCCCCGGCAGAGACCACAACCGGGAUCAGGAGACGUUCUAGUCACUCCGGGAGCUAAAACUGGUGCCACAGUGUUUCCUGGACGCUACCGGCCUACAACUCCUGCGCCUGUCGACGAUGAGGAUGACAAUAACUACCGUAACGCCCUCGGUGAUUACCAUCAGGGCGACGUGGUCAGACCUGGAGGUGUAAUCGGAACUCCUUUAGCCUCACCAAAACGAUCGGUGGGUCCGCCGGAAUCUCGUCGCUUUCCUUUUGUGUCGCGGACACCCCUUCCGUUCAAUGACAUUGGGGAGCCUUUGCCGCCAGUCUUGUACCACAGAGGCGUACCGUACAGACCUACGGUAUACCGCAAUGGUGUGCCGUACACAGGCAGUGCACACGGACUCUUUGUGCCGGGAAAUGUUCCACGCGAGGGAUUAGCAGUCGGGCUGCAGAGGUUUAACCGAGCAGCAGACUCGAAGGAGGUAUCUCCCCCUGAGAAGAAGGAAGAAGCAUAGGCUUGUCUUCUGGGCACAUUUGUGGCGGUAGGAUGCGCAAAAUGGACGCUUUUAUUCAUUCAUACUUCCUAAUUCCUUGUUCAUGAGUACAACCGCCGAGUAACGCUAGAUAGUUCCAGUAAUUCCAGCCGUUCAAAUCCUAGUUGACGAUGGGUUCCCAGACGCACGCUCAAGUGAGGGAACCUUUGUGCCGGUCCACUGUGUCGUUACGGGUAAUGCGACCCAAAUACGUAUACCGUACUUGUGCCUUCAGCGGCCUGCUGCGCGAUUUAACUCGCUUUAUAGGUGUUUGUAUUUUUGUGAACGGAAACACGGUGGAAAACGCAAGAAAAAUGUGUUAUUUAUCUACCUUACGCAGCUAUUAUGAAUGCGUUUAUUCUUUGAUGCGCUGUUUGAGGCACGCACAAAAAGCACGAAGAACGCGGGGAUAUGGCUGCACUCAUGGAGUGAGUCAUUGGACCCGUUCUAUGGCUUACGUGACUAUGUUGGCUAGAUAUGGGUCUGCAACGGUACUGCGCCUGACGGAUAUGGGAAUAUGCAAGACGAAGCUAAUUGUCACUCAUUCAUUACACCUCCAGGACAUGCAGUAAUGAUGCUUCUGCGACAUAAACCAUUGGGUAGAGCCGACCCGUUCUCAUUAGCGGCACUGUCGUGCAAGUGCGUCGCUUCCAAAUACGACGCGCCGAACAUAUCCGAGACAACGUGCUGGUGCUUCAUUGAACCCGCUGCAAUUACUUUCGACUCUAUUUAUUUGCUGUAAAACGCUUUCCUGCCCGACGUCGUGGACUGAUGAUGUCACGAUGUAAUGUGAAAUAUGGACUAACAUACUAUGUUGUUCACUGUUAUGUGUCGUAAAUUAUAGAAGUGACAAUAAACGAGUUCCUGGAAAUA